CUCAUCCCGGACCCGGAGCAUCUGUAUAUAUACAUGCCAAAUCUGGCUGAGUUACACCCAUCCAUUCAUGUGUAAGCUCUUCACCACUGCACAGUGCACACACCACUGACAGUGACUGAGAGACAGUAUGGCAACAAUGGCGCCCUCAUCUGCUCUGCUACCACUGCUCCUGCUCCUGCCCCUGCUUCUCCUCUCCGUCGCAUGUACUGCAGGCGCAGCACCGGCAGCAACAGCAACGGUACCAACGAUACCAUCCCAGCCCGGCAAGCCGAACUCGAACAACAAGCAGAAGCAGGGGGGCGCGCCGCUGGGGCCGGCGGUGCGCGCGCUGGUGCAGUCCACCUGCAACGCCACCACCUACUACGACCUGUGCGUGGCCGCGCUCGUGGCGGACCCGGCCAGCUCCACCGCCGACCUCCGCGGCCUGUGCGCCAUCGCCGUCUCCGCGGCGGCCGCCAACGCCUCCGCCACCGCGUCGGCGCUCGCCAACACCACCUGGGCCGCCUCGGGCGCCCCGGAGACGGGCAGCGACGGGCGCGCGCAGCAGGUGCCGGCGCUCCUGACGCGGACCUGCGCCGGCAAGUACGGCGAGGCGCGGGAGGCGCUGCUGGAGGCCCGGGAGUCGGUGGGCGAGGAGGCGUACGACUACGCGUUCGUGCACGUGGGCGCCGCCGCCGAGUACCCCGCGGUGUGCCGGACGCUGUUCCGGAGGAAGCGGGUGCCCUACCCCGUGGAGUUGGCCCGGCGGGAGCAGGCGCUGGAGCACCUCUGCACCGUCGUCAUCGACAUCAUCACGCUCCUCGCCUAGCCUGCCACAGCCCCCUUGAUCCCGCCUGAACCUAUUCUGUUUAUCGCACGCAUCGUAAUUUUAAAUUUCCCGUCAGACGAAUAAUCGCGUGCGUUUUGGCAUGCAGAUUACGUACUCCUGUAGUAAACUGCUCCACUGUAAUAGUAUCAUUAUCGAGCGUAAACCGGAGUGUACUGGCACUACUGCUGUGUAACUUUGAGAGUGCAUGUUGGCACACAGAAUUUGAGUUGAGGGUUUCCGGCAAGAAACUAAAAA